AUGAUGUACGAUAAAACAACUAGUCAUUUUCAAUAUUUACCCGCGACGAAUCAUCAUCAUCAACAACCUUUAUCUAAUAAACCACCUUCAAUUAAUCAAUAUACUCCAAAUACAUCUUCAACACUACAUAUAUCAUCUAUACCUCAACAUUAUCAAUCUCAACCACCAAUUGAGUCUAAUCAACAAAUACCAUCAUCAGAUCUACAUUUUAGACAACCAAUUCAUCUUCCUCAAAAUGAUAUACAACCACAACAACCAUUACAUCAGGCAUUGCUGCAUCAACUUCCAUAUCAACAUCAACAUUAUCAUCCAUUACCUCAACCUUUAAGUCAUCCAACUACUCAAUAUAAUCAUAUUAGUAUAUCAUCUCAUCCCCAGACUUUAAUGCAACAGCAAUCUACAACAAUUCCUCCUCAACAAGGACUACAAUCAUCAGAAAAUUUAUCAACAUCAAUGAAUUUAAAUUCAACUUCAAAUCCAAAUUCUUCAAAUUCAAAUAGAAGAGGCCCAUGGUCUCCAUUAGAAGAUAAGAAAUUAUUAGAGUUAAUAUCAUUAUAUGGACCAACAAAUUGGGUAAGAAUUUCAAAUAAAUUAGAAUCUCGUACUCCAAAACAAUGUAGAGAAAGAUAUCAUCAAAAUUUAAAACCGAGUUUAAAUAGAGCUCCAAUUUCACCAGAAGAAGGUGAAUUAAUCGAAAAAUUAGUUGCUCAAUAUGGCAAAAAAUGGGCAGAAAUAUCAAGACAUUUAAAUGGUAGAUCAGAUAAUGCAAUAAAAAAUUGGUGGAAUGGUGGAGCUAAUAGAAGAAGAAGAGCAAGUUUAGCAACAAGUACUAGUCAAAAUAGUAUAAUUAGUGAAAAUAAUGAAAGAAAAUUUAGUGAUGAUGAUGAUUCAAAAUUAAAAAUUGCCUCGAAUUUACCUCAACCACCUCAACAACCACCACAAUCUGGGUCAACUAUAAUGAGUGCGUCUUCAAGUUUAAAUCAUCAAAUUCCACAGCCACCAUCUCAACAACAACAACAAAUACCCAAUACACAUCAUUUACCACAAAUUUCAUUCAAUACAUCAAUGUUUGGUAAUCAAAAUGAAAACAAUUUACCAAAAUUAGGUAAUACUUCUUCUAACAUACCAUCAUCAAAUAUAUUAAGUAAUCAUUCACCAUUAAAACCAUCAAAUUUCAGAUCAGCAAGUUUUGAUAUGAAUUCAAAUACUUUACCACCAAUAUCACAAUCAAACAAGCGAAGAUUAAUUGAUGAUCAAUUCAAUAGAAGACAUUCAAGUGCUCAUUCAAUGUUAAUACAAGCUCAUUCAAAUGGAUCACAUUCAAAUUUAAAUCAUUCUUCGGGUAGUCAACAAUCUCAAAGUGGUAAUGUAUCUCCAUCAUAUCAUGGAUCACCAUUAAUGUUGGGGAAUUCACAAUCAAGAAAUAAUUCAAUAUCUCACUUUGAAUUAAUUAAUAAUAAUAAUAAUAAUUUAUCAACAAAUAAUUCUUCAAGAAGAUCAAGUUCAAUAGCACCUGAAUUUUUUCCGAAUACUAUGAAAUCUACAGAUCAUCAUUUACAUCAUUUACAACAACAACACCAAAAUUCUCAACAUAAUCAACAUUUCCAUCAAUCUCAAGCGUCAGCAACAACAACAACACAUAAAAGAAAUUUUUCACAAAAUUCAUCUUUCAAUUCUCCAUCAUUAACUCCCUCCACGCGAUUUUCAGUAUCAUCAACAAAUUCAAUAUUAAAUCCAAAUCUUUCAGUAACAAAUACUUCUUCAUCAAUUUUAACUUCCCCUUCUCAUUCUUAUUAUAAAAAUGAAUUUAAUUCAAGUAAUACAUCUAUUAAUAAAGUUAAAGAAUUAAAUGAAGAAAAUUUAAGUUUUGAAAAAAGAAAUAUAGGGAAAGAUGAAGAAGAAAAUAAUAAUAAUAUUAAUAAGCAUAAUGAUGGUAAUAAAGACAAUGAUAAUGAUGAUGAUGAUGACGAUGAUGGGAAUAGAAGUAAUAGUCAUGAAACUGAAAUUCAAGACAUUACUUCAUCUCAAAAUAAUGAAAAAGCUCCAAAAGUGAAAAUGUCAGUUUCUUCAUUACUUGAUUAA